AUGCACCGUGCUGCCUCCAACCAGCGCUCGGUCUCCUCCUCCUCGGGCUCCUUCCAGCCGCCGCCGCCGCCGCCGCCGCUGCCUCCGCACGCCGCCGACCGGCAGCCCUCUUCCCGGGGGGCUCCAGCAGCGGCGGCAGCCGGGCGGCGCUGGGGCUUCCAGGCGCUGUCCCUGGUGCUGCUGCUGGCAGGAGCGCUGCUGGACCUCUACCUGAUCGCCGUCACCGACCUGUACUGGUGCAGCUGGAUCGCCACCGACCUGGUGCUGGCGGCCGGCUGGGGCAUCUUCUUCUGUCGCAACAGCCGGGCGCGCCGGCGGGAGCGGCCCCCGCCGCCCCCCGGGCCGCCGCCGCCGCACCCGCUGCUGCUGCACGGCCCCCCCGGCGGCCGCGGGGCCGGGGGUCGCGGGGCCGGGGUCCCCCCGCGCGGCGGCGACUUCGCCUACGCGCACCUCGCCUGGCUCAUCUACUCCAUCGCCUUCACGCCCAAGGCGGCGCUGAUCCUGGGCACCUCCAUCCUGGAGCUGAUCGAGCUGCGCCUGCCGCUGGGCACCACUGGCUUCCGCAUCACGCUGGCGCUGUCUGCGCCGCUGCUGUACUGCCUGCUGCGGGCCAUCGGCACCGAGGGAGCCGGGCAGCUGCUCCUGCCGCCGCAGCCGCCGCCACAGCACCGCGCCGCCGCCGCCUUCCUCGCCACCUGCCUCGACCUGCUCGACAGCUUCUCCUUGCUGGAGCUGGUGCUGCAGCCCGGCCGGCUGGCGCCGCUGCCCGCCCCGCUGCGCUACCUGCUCAUCGCCGUCUAUUUCCUCUGCCUGGCCUCGCCGGUGCUGUGGUUGUACGAGCUCAGUGCCGCUAGCCCGCCCGGCGCCGCCCGGCUCGCCCUGCACCUCCUGCUGCCCGCUGGGCUGCUGGACGCGCCGCUGCUGGCGCUGCGCUGCCUGCUGCUCCUGCGCUACCAGCAGCCGCUAUCUCUCUUCAUGCUGAAGAACCUCUUCUUCCUGACCUGUCGCGGUCUGGAGGCGCUGGAGACCUGCUGCCUCCUCCGCCCCGCCGCCGCCCCUCCGCCCGCCAAGUACGGCCCGGCCGCCGCCGCCCCCGCUGUCGCCCCGCUGGCCCACGGGCUCUCCGAUGUGGACGUGGGGCCCCACGGGUACGUGAACGCCUUGGCCGUCACCGCCCAGGGCUGAGCCCCUCUGGCCGCCCCCGGAGGAGCUCCCGCCGCCUCCGGGCCCGCUCCCGGCAGAGUCUCUGUCUCUGUGUUCUGCUCAGGUUCCCUCCGCCGUGGCCGAGCAGGGGAAGGGGACGUGGGCUUCCCUGUCAGACUCCCGCUCCCCUCCUCUCUUCCUCAUGGACACAUCCAGCAGCGGAAGCUCCGCACAAACCCGACUACCUGCAGGAGCCUACAGGUGAUACUGGUCACCAGAAAAUGCACCUGUCCUUUGUGACAAGACUUCUUCUAGUGCUUCUGCCUCUCCACUGUCUGGAGGGUCCCACCCUUCCACUCCCUCCCAGGACAUUGUGUUCCUUUGUAACCAUAAAGGUUUCGUUUUUCCUUUUCGUCCUAAACAAG